AAGAAGAAGAGACUGCCAUAGCAAAGAAGAAGAAGUAGAAGAAGAAGAAGAAGAAGAAGAAGAAGAGGAGGAAGAGGCGGCGGCGGCGGCGGCGCUGUGCUGUAGCAGCGGUUGUUAUGUUUUAUUUGCACAUGUACACGAAGAGAAAUCUCUGGACUACUGCGUAACUUGGCGUUUGGUACAGAGAUCAGAUCUAUUUUCUUUUUAAGAAGGAAUAUGUAAAGUGCUCCGUGUGUUCGGGAGUAUCCACUUCAUUUGGUAAACCAUUCUCUGCUGAGAGAAGACACCAGACAGGGAACCGACAUCGCUCCUUCAACAUGGCGUACCGACAUGGGCGAAAAUCCAUUCGAGAGGUGUAUGAACACCACUUCUCAGAAAUGGAUUCAAGAGAGUUGAACAGUCGUCGGGUCGUCAAUAUUGUUGAAAAGAGGAGCCUCGUGCCUCGGCCGGAGUUGGACUAUGACGGCAGCUUGCAUGAUGACCAGUGGUAUGGGGGUCCUCGAAACUACCACAAUGCACGAGAGUAUCAUGGUGAAGACAGUUACCCGCCCAGUGAUGCCCAAGAGUAUUACGGUGAAGACGAUUACCCGCCCAGUGAUCGUUAUUACCCUGAUGAAACCCCCAACUAUGGCAACUAUCAAAGACAUUCGUCACCCGUGCAAAAUGAGGGCCCGCACUCCCAGCAGUGUUAUAGCAGACAUGAUUUGAGGUAUCAGUUAGAGUCAGGGUCAAGGAACAAUGGAAGACCUGCUCCCUAUAGCCGCAGCAGAGGCCGAGGGGUACGCCCUCCUCGGAGACAAGUGGUGGACAGAAAAGCCAAAGGAGACCAUGACUACAGGAGCUCUCCGCCUGUGAUCUCACGGCCCCGCUCCCCUGGAAGGAGGGAAGCCCUGCCACCUGGACGCUCGGGGUCAAACUCCAGCAACAGGAGUUUCUCCCCUGACAAGGACAAAGGCUACACCUACCAGCAGGCCCAACAGAAGCAUAAGGCCAAUGUGCCAGUGAACCACACUCCCAGCAACUCCGUGGAGGGGUCCCCUCAAAGCUCAGGCUCUUCAAAGGAAAAAACUCCUGCAUCUGUAGUGGAGUCGGAGGAGGUGCCGGCUGCCAGCAUGGAGCCAAAGCCGACACCGGAGGACGACUUGAAGACUUGCCGGUUGGAAGCCAUUAAGGCGAAAGCUCUGGAAAUUGAGGAGCAUUACAGGCAGGACUGUGAGACGUUCCGCACGGUGGUGAAGAUGUUGGUGGCGAAAGAGCCCAGUUUGGAUAAUCUACUUCAGGCUCCUCUGGAUGAGAAUCUGUCGGAGAUGAAACAGCGCUGCCUAGAUGCCCUCAGGCACUUUGUGAAAGAGCUGGACGAGGUAUUAGAGCAACCGGACACCUCAGCAAAAGCUACUGCUCACAUAACACAGGAUUAUUGAUAUGGAGUCUUACAAUCUUCUGAAAUUAUUUGGAAAUUUCCUCAGCAGAAUUUAACCAUUUCUUUCAUGUUUUAUUUUAAUCAUGUUUUUAUCAGAUAAUAGUAACAGUUUGACUUGCUGUAAUUAUAAACAAAAGACAGGAUAUCCAGCAGUGGCAAUUUUCCACUAGCUGCAACAUAAAUAUGAUUUAAGACUCAAUACCAGAUGAUUUUUUUUUUAUGGAUUUGUUGUUACAGUAAGAUACCCUUUUAGUAUUAUGAGUAAAAUCAAAAAAAAGGAGAGAAAUUAACAAGAUACAAUUUCAGCUUAGUUUAUACCAUGAAUCAUGUUGUGGUAAAACUAUGAAAUAGUAUUACAUUUGAUCACAGAUGACAUGUUAAACUGAUACAAGUAAAACAUUUUAUCAUUCAACCAACUAGAGGCUUGCUAAAUUUGUUGAAUCCUACUGAUAAUAACGUUCAAAGACAAAAUUAGUGAAAUUAUGAAACUUCCUUUUACAUCUUUUUACUCAGGUUUUAUUGAUACACAUUUAUUCUCAAACCAGUAUUGAAGGGUCCAAAUCCACAUGGUGUUUUGCAGUGCACUACUAUUCUGUAUAGAAAAGAUCAUGAUUUAUUUGUAGAUCAUGCAUUUUUGUUUUAGUUUAAUGAACUUGUGAAUAUUGCCUUUUUAGAUUCUUUAUAAAUAAACAUUCCCUUCUUGAAUGAA